AUUAUGAUUCGAGUUGAACAACAACAAAAGAACGAAAAGAGAGAAGGUCGCUUUUAAAUGAGGUAUAAUGUGUGUAUCUGUGUAAUGUACAAACGAAGCAUGGUAAAACGAUGUGGUUCUGCGCUGCUUGGUGGGGUGUCGGAACGGGUGAAAAAAGGCGUAUCCCAGAGAAGGGCGUAACGGGGGGCGCGUUCGUUGUGCCAUUGUGAAGUGACGGCCAAUGGUAGGUACCGUCGGACGGAGAUGUGGUCUUCGUGUUACCAGAAGAUCCAGUUUCUCACAGAGUAUCGUUCUUGCUAGUCGAGAGAAAGGUCUGCGGCUAUUAUUUGACCGAGCAGUGAUCGAGUGUGCAAAACUUUGUUUUUCCCGAUUUGGGUAGUUGUGAACAAUGCCGCGGCCGUCGAGGGAAUCCUACGGUGAUCAGAAGCCACCCUACUCGUACAUCUCGCUGACGGCGAUGGCCAUCUGGAGUUCGCCGGAGAAGAUGCUGCCGUUGUCCGAGAUCUACCGCUUCAUCACCGAUAGAUUUCCGUACUACAGGAGGAACACUCAGAGGUGGCAGAAUUCCUUAAGACACAACCUAUCCUUCAACGACUGUUUCAUCAAGAUUCCCAGGAGGCCGGACAGACCUGGUAAGGGAGCCUACUGGGCUCUGCAUCCAGCAGCUUUCGAUAUGUUCGAGAACGGCAGUUUGCUCCGUCGGCGGAAGAGGUUCAAGCUACUGAAGAACGAUAAAGAGGUGCUGGACAACGAGCUCGCAGCUCUAGCCAACAUCAACCGUUUCUUCUUCUCGCCGACGGAAAACCAAAUCGAGCCGGCGACGUUUGCACCGACGCCUCGACCACCAUCCCCGUCGCCCGUCACCACCGAACCCAUCACCAACAUCAGGCCUAAAAGGUCCUUCACAAUAGAGAGUCUCAUCUCGCCAGACAAACCGGCGGAACCGAAUACCCAGGAAGCGCCGGCUCCAGCUUUGAUGCAAUGGGGUCUUGCACCCUACUGCGAUCUGGCUUUAGGUCAACCAAUGUUGAUCCCACCCAUGACCUAUUACAACCACCACUACGUCAUCCCCCCAGCAGAGGAACUCCUGCGGGUACCCCAGCUCGCCCUCCGCUCAGUCUGAACAAAGUCUGACAGAAAUACAUGUACAUAAUGUGCUUGCGACAUUAUAACGUGCCACCUCCCCCAGAAAAAAAACAACCAUAAUAAUCCUUCGUAAUUUAUUUGUGCAAAUUCCCAAACUCCCUCACAAACAGAAGUAACAAAAAAAAAAACAAACAAUCAAAUCGCAAGAAAUGUGAUAUAAUAUAUUAAUAGUUUUAAGUUGAUUAGAAGAUACGAAGCAAAACAGAACAAAACAAAAAUUAUUUAUAUGAACGAAAAGAAAAGUUCAACAGCAAACAGAAAAAUUAUUAUUUAUUUUGUAUAUUUUUACACGCAAUCUUUAGAUUCAUAAUUCCCGUAUGGGCAGAGCUAAAUUCUAUACGCAAUUUUCCCCCCCUCGCCGUUGUUUUACUUUAUUAUUUCACGUAUGUACCAUUAUUAUGUUUUUCCUCUUUUCUUUUGUUUUUCUUUCCUCCUCCAAAAUGCUCCCAAGCACGAUAUUGUUGAGUAAUGUGCGGCGUUUUUCGAAACCGAUUGUGUCAGAUAAAAGAUCUGAACAUUUAACAUGCAAUACAUGGCUAAAAUAAAUAAUCUCGUGCACGAAAGGCUCCCAUAUUUAAAUUUCGCUCCACACCAUCCUCGCGCUUUCAGACACGUAAGGGAGGCAAAUGAAAGGAGAGACGAGGUGAAUGAAGAAGAAGAAGAAAAAAAAUAUAUAAUAUAUAUAUA